CUCUGGUUUCUGAUUAAAAUAGCAUAUAAAUAGAGGCUAUUAUUUCUAGGUUCAGUUGGUGAGAGAGAGAGAGAGAGAGAGAGUUCAUAGCGCGACUUUGAAGACAAAGCCACUCGAUCAAUCAAAUCAAAGUUUCAAUUGCGUUGCUCGAGUACUGAGCAGCAACUUCAUCCUACUUGUAUGAAGAAGACUCUCAUCUACAGGUACUCGGGGGGUUUUCUCCCUCACCAGCGUGCAUAUUACGUGUUUGAUAGAUUGCCAAUGUGAGAGAGAAGCCUCCGAAUGGGAUUUGGAUUAGCGAUUCCCUACAUCCUUGUUCUGACUGAUAUCUAGCAAUGCUCACCAAACUCACAAUACUCAAAUCACUCAGCCCAUUUUCAUUUCACAGUAGAUUCAUACCAAAAUCAUUCUCCAGUGGGGUGGCAGCUCAAGAGCUCGACGAAGAGCCUCUGCCGUCAGAAUGGUACAGGAUAGCCUACGGAAAGCUAAUCAAACUGACCCAUGUUCUGAAAAACAUCGAACAAGUCAACGGAAGAACUACAAACACGAUCGACGGCUCAACCAUUACUGAUGACUACAUCAUCGGCCAAAUGCAAUCAUUCAAUUCCCUCGCCAAAUCAUUCAUUGGGUCACCCUCAAUGCAAUCGAUUCACGGAGAUUUUUUCGUCAAAGGAAGCGAAAGAAGCAGCCUUACGUUGAAUUCCCUCACCAAAGUCUGCAAUUUCCUCAGCAUUUUCACGCAGCAUCACAUUUGGAGGGGAGCACUCGAGGAGGUCCUUCGUGAUUUGGAGCGAGAAAUUGAUACUUUAGGCUCCCGUUCUGAGCCUUUUCAAAUGGGGAAGCAGAUAAUAUCGAGUUGCAUGAAGUUCUUUCGUGACGUCGACACGAUUUCAAGCUCCGAUUCUCCUUCUUGGAUGAAGCCGCCGCCUCUAAAUAGGGUCGAGAAGCCAGUUGCUCCAAGAACAUGGGAAGAAGUUGUCGAGAUGUUUGUAGACCUCACAAAGUGUUUGGAAAGAGAGGAGAAGCUGGCAACUCGUGUAUUAAAGCUUGAAGCUAUGAAAGAAGGGCUAUAUCAGAUACGAGACAUUACAAUUGAGCGUGAUGUAAGUUACAAAGAGGUUAGAAGGCAGGAUUGCUUAGUUCAGAGGAAGCUCUCAAAGAGCCUGGGGCACUCUUCAAGGUGUUUGUUCACAUUACUGCUUUAUUAUCUCCAUGGAAGUGUUGAGGAUGUUGUGUUUGAGGUUCAUGGAGGUGUUCGAGUUGAUGACCACGGUCGAUUUUGCUUGUAUAUUGGAAAGAUUUUGAGUUGUCGUGAUGAAGGAAUGGUGAUGAAUGGAGUAAAGCAGUUGAGUAAGGCUCUUGGGGUGUUCAAGUUCGUGUGGGAGAGUGCAGGAAUGGUUGGGGUUUUGAAGCUGCGGGGUCAUUUGUGGUGUGUUGGGGGUGAGGAGAGGAUAAUUGCUUAUAGAGGGAAUGAGUUCUAUGUUCAUGGCAUUAGGCUUUGAAUAAACGGUAAAUUACAGAUAACCCCCUUGUCUAUAUGUUCAAUUUCACUUACCACGCAUCGGCUAUUUUACUAGCGCUCAGCAUCCCUCAAUUCAUAAGGAAGAAGGGGGUAAUCUGCAAUUUGUUCUUCUCAAAAUGCAAAUUUUGAGGUGGUACGUGCUAGUAAAAUAGUUAAGGGGCGAUAACUGCUAGUGAAUGUAUAAAUGAGGGCGGUUAUCAGCAAUUUACCCUUGAAUGGAUUCUAAUUUUUGGGGUUUGUUGUGAUUCUACAAGCAUAAUAGAGCUUCUUACCUCAUUUUGGAGUUUUGUUCUUCAUUCAGUUUACUGCAUUACGAGUUGGGAGGUGAAAAAUUGUGUUGAAGGAAAUGAAUUAUAACUUGUGGAACAUGGAUUAUUAUAGAGAUUAGGAUUUCAUUUACUGGGAAAUCAUUGGUGCGUUUCUUGUCUUUCAGUUUCUUUGAUUCAUGUAUUGA